CUGAUGGCUGGGGCGGGGCCUCGCAGAGCAGUGGGAUGACCUUUGUGCAGGGCGGGUCUGGCCAGCCCUGUAGCCCUGCUUGUGCCCAGAUCCACCUCAGCAGCAGAGGAGCGGAGCCCGCACAGGGCCCAACCGUCCCCUUCUGGUCCUGGUGUCUGUCCUGGUGCCGCCAUGGAGGUGGACGCCCUGCUGGCCAGCAGGAUCUCGGUUCUGUCGCUCGCCGCCCUCCCAGUGUCCUACGCGCUCAGUCGUGUCUCGGUGAUCUCACACCCCACAUGCAUGGCACUGAUGACUGCCUUGGUCCUGGGGCUGCUCUUCAUAGCCAUCUACAACUUGGCCCGUGGAGAAAUCGCCUAUGACCCACUCUAUACCGUGUGCGCCCUGUUCGCCUUCACCUCCGUGGUAGACCUGGUCAUCGCGCUGCAGGAAGAUGGCUUCCUGGCGGGCUUCAUGGAGUUCUAUACCCAGGAGGCCCAGCCCUACCUGCGCACGGCCCACGGGAUUUUCAUCUGCUACUGGGAUGGCACCGUCCACUACCUGCUCUACCUGGCCAUGGCUGCCGCCAUCCGCCAAAGAAAACAGUUCCGGAACCUGGGACUCUACUGGCUGGGAUCCUACACCAUGAGCCUUCUGGUGUUCAUCCCAGGAAACAUCCUUGGUAAAUACAGCUCAGAGGUCAGACCCACCUUCUUCCUGGCUAUCCUGUACAUUCUCAUCCCAUGCUGGGCUGGCAUGAGGAUCUUCAACCAACCUCCAGCACCAGCCAGCUGUCCCCCCAACAUGGUCCAGGAAUCGCAGAGGAAGCGCCUCCUGCAGCGCCCUGCUGACCUGGCCCUCCUCCUGUACCUCAUCCUGGCUGCCAUCUUCACCCUCUUCCGGGGCCUGGUGGUGCUUGACUGCCCCACGGAUGCCUGCUUUGUCUACAUCUACCAGUAUGAGCCAUACCUGCGGGACCCCGUGGCCUACCCAAAGGUGCAGAUGCUGGUGUACCUGUUCUACUUCCUGCCCUUCUGCAUCCUGGCUGCCUAUGCCCUGGUCGUCCCAGGCUGCAACUGGCUUCCUGGCUGGGCCAUGGUGUUUGCUGGCGCUGUUGGCCAGGCACAAUUCUCACACGUGGGCGCAUCCAUGCAUCAACGCACAGCCUUCACCUACCGUGUGCCGGAGGACACCACAACCUGCUUCUUCCUCUGCAACCUCCUGUUUGCACUGGGUCCACACUUGCUGGCCUACCGCUGCCUGUGCCAGCCUGCCUUCUUCCUGCCGGCACUGCCCACGAGGGCCCCGGACUCCAAGAAGCAGCAGUGAGGAUGGCCACUGGAGCUCCCUCACCACUUGGCCCCCCAAAACCUAGCAGCAGGAGGGUUGCCUCAGGGUGUUCCUGCCUCACUGUGUGGUUCCAGGCCUGCAGGUGACAUGGACACCCACAGAGAGCUUUGCUCAACAGUCACCUCAAAGACUGGCUGUCACCCCCAAGGCUGCUGAAGACCCUUCUGAGCUCAUCGUACCCCAGAGAUCUUUGUAAUAAAACCUUUUUUGGUAUCUUAAA